AUCUAUUUAUAAUCAAUAGCAUACAUUACAAAGUAAUAACCAUCCAAAUCAGGGGAAAUAGUAUCAAAAAUAUCAUCAAUAUUGAGUAAAACUUGAAAAUCGAGAACAGGAGUACAUUGGGUGAAUAAUAAAUAAUGGUUUAUGUUAACAAAUCAAAAGGUAAUAAAAUACAAAAAUCUAAGAAAUUAAAUCACUUAGUAAGGACUGUAAGGAGAAAGAAGAUGCUAUCUCAUUAUCUAAAAUAGUGUUAUCAUUGAUAAAAAAAACCAACACUUCAACUGCUAAAAUUUUGUACAAGCGAAAUAGAAAAAGACAACCGCUUAUAUAUAAAAAAACCCAUUACGUGAUACAGAUUACACGUUGCGUUAUUUAAUGGAUUGCAAGUCUUUGGGUGAUUAAAAACAACCGAAUGAAUAAUUAAAUCACAACCGUAUCAACCAUGGGAGUGAUCUUGUAUGGCUCAAUAUUCAGCCCUCCUUGUAGGGCUGUUCUUAUUACAGCUGAAGCAUUAGGAGUGCCAAUACAAAUUAAGGAUGUAAAUAUUGGCGAAAAAGAACAUUUGUCCCCGGAAUUUCUUAAGAUCAAUCCUCAACACACAGUACCGACUCUAGAUGACAACGGAACCAUCGUGAUUGAUAGCCAUGCAAUACUACCAUUCUUGGUAUCAAAAUAUGCAAAAGAUGAUUGUUUUUAUCCGAAAGAUUUAGGAAAACGAGCGUUAAUUGAAGCGCGUCUUCAUUUCGAUAGCGGCUCAGCAUUCAGCGUACUUAAAGCCGUCUAUAGAAGUCAUUUGUACGAAGGACAACUAGAAUACCUCACGGAAUUGCAAACUCAAAAGAUUUUAGAGGUAUACGCUCUGCUAAACACGUUCUUGGAAAGAACAGAAUGGAUUGCCGGAGAUCAUCUAACCAUAGCUGAUAUCUCAUUGGUUACCACAGUGAAUAGCUUGGAAGCUAUGUUGGCCAUAGACGCAAGAAAAUUUCCAAAGAUCGUAAAAUGGUCAGAAAAGGCCAACGAACUACCUUUCUUUAGUAUCAACAAAAUUGGAAGGAAACAAUAUCUAGAUAAAUGGAAAGUAGUGAGCAAACAUCAAUUUGAUAGCAUAACUUUGUCGAUUCAAAAGCUUUUAACCCAAAUAGAAUUUUCUGUUGGACUAAAUCAACCAGCAGUCUCAACAAUGGCUCCAAAAUUAUAUUAUAUGGCUGCAAGUCCGCCAUGUAGAGCUGUACUAAUGGUAGCAAAAGCUAUUGGGCUUGAAUUGGAAUUAGAAGCUGUUGAGUUUGAGCAGUUAAGAACAGAGGAAAUACUAGAGUUAAAUCCUCAACAUACUGUCCCCAUAUUAGUGGACGCAGAUGAAGAUUUCACCAUAUGGGACAGUCAUGCAAUAGCAAUUUAUUUAGUUGGACAAUACGGGAAUGAUGACUCUCUUUACCCUAAGAACGACGUCAAACAAGUGGCCGUCAUAAACCAGAGAAUGCAGUUCGACAAUAUUUUAUUCGAUAAAUGCAAAGCGGCUUUUCAUCCAAUAAUGAUGGGGAUUGAAGAUGUAGUGUCAGAAGAAGCAAGUGACUGCAUGUUGGAAUCUUUGGGUCUCUUGGAAAUUUUCCUAAAGGAUAAACCUUGGAUAGCGGGAGAUGAUCUCACUAUAGCCGAUUUAACCAUACUGGCAUUGGUUGCGACAGUGGAGGAAGUUGUUUUUCCAAUUGACCCGGAACGAUUUCCUAAACUAUCGGAAUGGUUCAACAAAGCAAAAGAAUUGCCAUAUUUCGAGGAAUGCAACAGGGAGGGAUUGGAUAAAAUGGGGCAACUGGUUCGACACGAAGUGCCUUUAAUUUAAAAGCUUUAGGAUAGAAUAUACCUCACGUUGUUCGUUUUAUAAAUUACGGAUCAAGCUAAAAUGUUAUGAUGCAAGAUAAUACAAGGCACAUUUAAUUUUACUUACCUUCUAAGGGUAUUUUUAGAAAGUAUUAUCUGACUAGAUAGAUAGAAAAAGCACUUUGCAAUGUCAAUAAUAGAAUAGUUUAAUUUAAUGCAAAAUAAGGUAAAUGUCUAAGCAGAAAAAAAAACAUUCCAAUUACCUUAAAAUAUAUUGUCUUAAAUCAUCAAUAAAACCCGACACACUA